AUGGCGGCUGAUGAAGCGCCAAACCUGAACCUCUCCCCUGAGGAGAAGCGCACCUAUGGACAACUCUUCCGACAGGCCGAUUCAGACAGUGUUGGUGUCGUUGUCGGUGAAAUUGCCGUCCGGUUCUUCCACAAAACAGGCUUAGACUCCCGAAUUCUCGGCGAGAUCUGGCAGAUCGCCGAUAAGGAGAACCGAGGUUUCCUAACACCAGCCGGCUUUGGUAUCGCUUUACGACUCAUCGGACACGCACAAGCCGGCCGCGAGCCCACACCCGAGAUCGCCCUCCAACAAGCUCCCCUUCCUCGUUUCGAUGGCAUCGUUCCUCAGGUUACAGGUGCCGGUGGGAUUCCACCGCCUCCGCCUGUUCCCGUCAGCUCGCCGCCUCCUCCGGCCGCUCUUCAAGCCCAGAGCACCGGCGGACCGAUCCGCAUCCCACCCCUGACUCCUGAGAAGGUCGCACAAUAUACUGGUUUAUUCGAACGUCAACCUCUCCAAGGCGGUCAGCUUCCCGGGGACCAGGCCAAGUCCAUUUUCGAGAAGUCCGGCCUACCCAAUGAAGCACUGGGAAGAAUAUGGCAGCUUGCCGAUACCGAGCAGCGUGGUGCUCUUGUUCUGACCGAGUUCAUUAUCGCAAUGCACCUUCUUACUUCCAUGAAGACAGGAGCUCUCAGAUCUCUCCCCAGCGUCCUCCCUGCUGGUCUCUACGAGGCUGCCUCGCGCCGUGGUCCUGCCUCGCGCCAAUCUUCGACUGGUCCUGGCAUCUCAGCCAUUCCUCGACAGGUCAGUGGAACAGCUCAGGUUCGCACAAGCAGCCCUCUCGGUCGUCCUCCCAUGUCUCCUCAACAGAGUGGUGCUAGCGACUGGGCCGUGACACCUACCGAAAAGGCUCGAUUCGAUCAAAUUUACACCGACCUUGACAAGGGGAACAAGGGAUAUAUCACAGGAGAGGAGGCUGUCACUUUCUUUAGCCAGUCUAACCUGCCCGAAGACUCGUUAGCCCAGAUCUGGGAUCUUGCCGACACAAAAUCUCAGGGCCAGCUUUCACGAGACGAGUUUGCGGUUGCUAUGUAUUUGAUCAGACAGCAGAGAAGCGCGCCUCAUGUCCCUCUACCAACUACUCUACCACCCAAUUUGGUUCCCCCCAGCAUGCGCACCCAGAUUCGACCACAGACUGCUACAUCCGCCUUUGAUCCGCCUCCCCCACCUGUCGUACAAGCUCCUCCUCCCGCUCCUAAGUCCGCUUUGGACGACUUGUUCGGCCUUGAAUCAGGCACUUCCAGCCCUGCCCCCCCUCCC